AUGUCCGUGGUCUCUUGGUUGCUGCUUCACACCCAACUCACUACCAAUGGAAUGUGCACUCUAGAAUUACAUCAUAGGGGCUGGUUUGAAAAUGAGGUUUAUAAAAAGGGUAAGGUCUGUUAUUUGGACAAUAUUGUAGAGGAUUUUCCGUCCUUACUAGAUUUAAUCAAAAUUGGGAGAAGUGUUGAGUAUGAUAUUGACAUUUCUCAAGUCGAGCAAAGUUUAGAAAUUAGGUGUAGAAAUGUUGAGGCUAGACUGGAGCUUGUUACAUCAGAUGCUACAUUGGUUGAAAUG